UUAUUUUGUUGCCUGAAGCCUGAAGAUAUGAGAAGAACAGACUGAACUGAGUACAAUUUAGCAGUUUUAUUUUUAUUUGAAGUAUUUUAUUUCGUUUUGAUAAAACUCGAUAGUGGCAAUUCAGAAAUUAAUCAUGUCCACGAACUCAACAAGUAUUGCCAUGGAGGCGCCUGUUGAAAUGCAGAUCCAGGAGAUCGCCUUCGAUGGACAAGAGACAUAUGCGCCAUCUCUUUCUAUGUCAGAAAACUUGACAAAAUUGGCCCAAAAAAUUGAUUUUGCCAAAUGUGGGCCGGAGGAGGUGAACAAAGAAAUCACAGAGAUCGACAGGAACGAAGAUGAAGCAGAACAAUCGACGGCACCUCCACUCUGGCCGUGGGAUUCUGUCAGGAACAAACUGAGAAAUGCUCUGACUGAAGUGUCUGUCUUGUCCGAUCUUCUGACUAUCGCUAAGGGCAAGAAAUACGUGGUUUUAGACCCUGUUCCCCAGGAUCCACCCGAGCCUAAACCCGCAAUGAUGAUGGUGUGGGCUAGGAAGAAAUCUUUCGCUGGCGCUGCCUCGGUGUUGUUCUCUGGUGCCGAACGCUUAAAGAACUCUCUGAUCGAGGCCCAGAAAAAUAGGUCAACUACAGCUGAUUUUCACAUUGAGCUACUCAGGCUUCGACAGAAUUUCAGGCUCAAAAAAGUUAACAACACGAUAAUCGGUGACCUAAGCUAUUAUCGAUCAUCUGGGUCAAAGCAUUUUCAUAGAGGGACAUUUGAAGUUACCAAGUCUGAGGAUGAGCCGGACAAACUUCUCAGUCCACCUUGCUCUCCAAAUCCAAAUUCCGCAAACAAGCUUACCUCCGCGCUUCGAGUUACAGUACCAGGUGAACUCCAGGGAAUCGCAUCAAUCAAAGUGUACUUCCAGAAAGAUCAAGACUCAUUAUGCUCGUCAAAUCUGAACACGCCCGACACAGCCUUCUCCAUCCCAGAAAUUGACUGGCAACGAAAGCUUGAAGUGGCUCAAAACGUGCUGUUCUGCAAGGAGAUAUUCAACCAGCUGGCAAAAGAAGCUGUCCAGCUGCAAUCUCCCAUCCCCCACGUAGUUGUGGGAAACCAAAUCCUUGCCUCGAUUUUCCCUGGAGUGCAAUUGGUGAUCUGUUUGUCCCACAUGGAAAUGUCGACAGACGGCAAAGCGUCUCUGCCGCCGCCCAUCCCCAGACAUGACCAAGUGCUGGAGCACACCCUGCACCAGCUGCUGCGUGAGCUGCACGAAAAAAACGCACACUAUCUGCUGCCCCACCCCGCGUCGGCGCCUCUGGGGCCGAGUAGGAAGCGCAGUUGUGCCGGACCCUAUGCCAUGGAUAGGGAGGAGUUUGUGGAGAUGACCGAGUCGCAAACAAUGCUCGAGCAGGUUAUCCAGCAAGCCCAGCACACCCAACUCCGCGACCGCACCCUUUGCAUCCUGGACAAGCUCGCCACGCAGUACAAAGACCCUCUCAUCUCCGUGCACUGGCUCUGGCUCAACUCGCCAACCUAUGCGUGCAUCAAGGUCACCAUCUUUGCACAAGGCUACGACGAGAUUUACAGGAAUUUGGUAAUCAUUCAUGUCCACGAUACUUAUCUCAAGUGCAUUUCAAGAGACGGAAAAGUCGUUCAAUUGUCCUAUGAGUCUAUGGAGCUGAAAAACUAUAUCUUGUGCCAGAUUUGUCGACAUCAAAUCAUGGCUGUCCAAUACCUGGCUAAGGCCAUGGGCUGGCAGUGUGUGGCCAAUAGUUUCAACCUGGGAAGUGGGACGCUUGUUGAAACAUUUGGAAACGCGAGUAGCUGCAUUCUCGUGUCACCGGUUGGCGAUAGGUUGAUUUCAAUACACUGCGAUCAAAAUUCAAGAGUGCAAGUUUCAGUCGCCCAGACUCCAAGAAAAGACUUCUUCCCGGGACAGUUGGUCAAAGAGCGUAAGUGGGAAAAUCUUGGCAACAGUUUCAAAGAGGUACAGUGGGAAAAGAUGAUUGGGAAGAAUUUCCUCGGCAAAAUGGAGCUGCUCAUGACUAGUUUAACAAGCUCUUGGAUGCAAUAAAGCAGAAACACUGACGACAAUACUUUGGUGCUUACAACGUUGAUGUUGAAAAUAAAAUUAAUUUUUUCAAUUAA